GGUAAAAGUGCAACUUAGGUAGUUGUAUCUUUGAAUGAGCCAACGAAGGUCGUCGGUUAAUUUGGCUGCAUUAGUGAAAAGUAUGCACAGUGAACUUGGGAUUUGUGCCAUUUCACGACCAGGGACCCGAGUGAAAGGUGCCCAGUGUAGCAUAUUGUCCUAGGUAGCUUCUCAGUUUGCAUUCCUGGUGAUAGACAGAUGAAAAUUUGACUUACUAGUGCUCAUGAAAUGCCUCUUUUUUUGUGGACUGUCUUGUCUUUCAGAUAAAAGCCUCAGCUGAAGCAGGCUGAGCUGGCCAGGCUAGGAGAACCUUCAAGGUGUGCGGUCUCCUUGAAAGAUGUCGGCCCUCACUACCCUGUUUAAGUAUGUCGAUGAAAAUCAGGAUCGCUACAUUAAGAAACUUGCAGAAUGGGUGGCCAUCCAGAGUGUAUCUGCAUGGCCCGAGAAAAGAGACGAAAUCAAGAGGAUGAUGGAAGUUGCCGCUGCGGAGAUCAAGCAGUUGGGUGGCUCUGUGGAAUUGGUAGAUAUUGGAAAACAGAAGCUCCCUGAUGGCUCUGAGAUACCGCUCCCUCCCAUUUUACUCGGCAAGCUGGGCUCCAACCCGCAGAAGAAAACCGUGUGUAUUUACGGACAUCUGGACGUGCAGCCGGCAGCCCUGGAGGAUGGCUGGGACAGCGAGCCCUUCACCUUGGUGGAACGCGACGGCAAAUUGUAUGGGAGAGGUGCAACCGAUGAUAAGGGGCCAGUGGCCGGCUGGCUGAACGCCCUGGAAGCCUUCCAGAAGACAAAUCAGGAAAUUCCAGUCAAUGUUCGGUUCUGUCUGGAAGGAAUGGAGGAGUCGGGCUCUGAAGGCUUGGACGACCUGAUUUUUUCCCAUAAAGACACAUUCUUCAAAGAUGUGGACUACGUCUGCAUUUCUGACAAUUACUGGCUGGGGAAGAAGAAGCCCUGCAUCACAUAUGGUCUCAGGGGCAUUUGCUACUUUUUCAUUGAGGUGGAGUGCAGUGACAAAGACCUCCAUUCUGGCGUGUACGGGGGCUCGGUGCAUGAGGCCAUGACGGAUCUCAUCAUGUUGAUGGGCUCUCUGGUGGACAGGAAGGGAAAGAUCCUCAUCCCCGGCAUCAACGAGGCAGUGGCCCCCGUGACGGAGGACGAGCUGGGCCUCUACGACAAGAUCGACUUCGACCUGGAGGAGUACGCCCGGGACGUGGGGGCAGAGACUCUGCUGCACAGCUGCAAGAAAGACAUCCUGAUGCACAGAUGGCGGUUCCCGUCCCUCUCCCUCCAUGGGAUUGAAGGCGCCUUUUCUGGGUCGGGGGCCAAGACCGUGAUUCCUAGGAAAGUGGUCGGCAAGUUCUCCAUCAGGCUCGUGCCAAACAUGACUCCAGAAGUUGUCAGCAAGCAGGUCACAAGCUACCUGACGAAGAAAUUUGCUGACCUGUGCAGUCCCAACAAGUUCAAAGUGUACAUGGGCCAUGGUGGGAAGCCCUGGGUGUCUGACUUCAACCACCCACAUUACAUGGCUGGGAGAAGAGCCUUGAAAACAGUGUUUGGUGUCGAGCCUGACUUGACCAGGGAAGGCGGCAGUAUUCCUGUGACUUUGACCUUUCAGGAGGCUACUGGGAAGAAUGUCAUGCUACUGCCUGUGGGCUCAGCAGAUGAUGGUGCCCACUCCCAGAAUGAAAAGCUCAACAGGCUCAACUACAUAGAAGGAACCAAAAUGCUGGCUGCGUACCUGUAUGAAGUGUCUCGGCUGUAGAAGGGAGAGGUGCCCCUGGCCGUGGAGUCCUGCCCCUGUCCUCGCUCUGUCCCCGCCGCUCAGGAAAGCACAGCUCGUCUCUCUCCUCGCCCUCUUGUCUGGCACAGCCUGAGUAACCGCCGAGUUCUUGGAGGUGCUCAGCGUGAGGUCUGCAGAGAAUAGCCAGGCUCUAAAAGCACCCAUUCUGUAGGAGGUUCUGGUUGCCGUCCAGCUGGGCUGCACAGAGCUCUUGGCGCUUGCUGUCCCAUCUCUGCCUCCUGACUCAGGCUCGCGCGCUCUCGGAAGACUCAGUCGGGCACCUGAUGCCUCAAGGGGCCACGCCUUCUGAUCCUUCGCCCUCCUGAGGCUUCUGUCCUUGUUUCAAGCCCCGAAAGCAGUACUGGUGUCUCCUGUCUUCUCUUUAUUGUGAUUCCUCAAAACCUAAACCUAACUGGAAGGAUUAUUUGUUCUCAGUAUGUGUUGCCAAAUAAAAAAGCAAAAAUGAA